UGUCCCUCACCACACUCGGACGUGUUAUUCUGCAGCUGUCGGAAAAACAAUCUGGUAAACAUGUCAUCCCCGCAUACCGCGAUAGUGUCCUCACCUGGCUGCUAUCCGAUAGUUUGGGUGGAAACAGCAAAACGAUCAUGCUUGCCACCAUUGCGCCCAGUGCGUACUGUUACCAACAGACAAUUAACACACUUCGGUUUGCGGGGGUGACAAAGAAGGUGAUCAACGUUGCCACAGUCAACGAGGACCACCACUUUCAAAAACUUAUUGCGGCCAUGCGGCAGCAAAUUGUGAAGUUGACACUGCAGUUAGAGAAGGGGAAAGCGGCAGAGGUACACCGCGAGGAAAUUCAGGCGUUCCGUCGUGAAAGGGAUGAACUUGAGGCACAGAUAGAUUCUAUGCGGGCAACAAUGUCGACGAUGGUGCCAGCAACGGAGGUGGCAACACUUCAGCGACGCAUUACGGAUCUUGAGGAGGACAAUGCGCAGCUUCAAAAGGAGAAGAAUCAGGUUCAACGACAACUUGUCUCCACCACAACGGCGCUUCGUGAAGAAUUGGCCCAAAAACGAGGGGAAAUUAUGAAACUACAUGAAGCACUUCUGCGUAAAGAUGGCGAGCUGCAAGAAUCGCUCCGGCGUUACCGUGAGGAGACGGUGAGGCGUGAGACGUCUUCACAACAAAUAGAGCAGCAACAGCAUGUGGCGAGUAGUUCUGUUGUUGAUACAAGAGAGGGAGUUGGCUCGAGUCAGUCACCGUCCGCUGCCUGGAAAGAGAACGUUGGUUCUAGUGGAUUUGAAGCACCACCGCCACUUGUCAUUGCAGGGCGGUCACGCCGUCACGAGGAGGAGUUAGAACGUCGUGUCGGUGUACUCACAAAAGAGGUGAAGGCGCAACAGGAGCGCGCUGAGGAAGCGGAAAAGGCAAAGAGUAGUCUACAGGAAAAAAUGAAGAUGCUGCAACAGGAGCAAGACGCCAUGGCACAGUUGUUGGAAGAGACGCAGCAGCGCUUUGCGGAGAAAGCGCAUGCGCUCGAUAUGGCGCAGUCCGACUUGGCGGCUACGCGGACGAUGCUGCGUGCGGAACGUGGCGCGAAUUCGGCGGCGGAGGGGAAGAACGGACUUGUCGCGCAGCUGGAGAGCGUCCGCGCGGAGUAUUUAAGCGAGAAGAAGACAAACAUCGAUCUGCUCAUGCGUGUGUCACGGGUUGAGCAGCAACUGUCGAAGCUUAAAAAGGAUGCGGCGACAAAGACAGGGGACAUUAAUGAGCUUGAACAACUUCUUCUUGAAGAGACGGAAAUGUCAGAGCGGUAUUAUAUUUGGCUGCGCUACUCCCAGGAUUUGCUCAGUAUUUUAUCAUCAUUUCUCCGCAGGACCCUCUCCGCACGUGGAAAGCGCAUCGCCGCACUCAAAGGCAAAAUGAACAGUAGUGUGGGUAGUCACGCUGGUGAUAGUGUUGAUCUCGCUGGUAUUUUGUGGGAACAAGCGGUAUGGGAUUGUGCACGUGGUGAGGCGUAUAGCCGUGCGCUGCUGGAGCAGGAACGCCUCAACGCAAUGAUAGAGAUGCUCGGCCAAAAGAAAGUCUUGUAUGAACUUAGCUCCGGAGCAGCGAAGGAUGAGCUUAUGACGCUACGUGCUCUGGCCGCGGAAGCCGCAGAAGAGCCGCAGCGACUACGGCGUAAAGUGAAGUCUUUGGAGUUGCUCAUUGAAAAGGCUUCAGAGGAGCGGCUUAAUAUGCAGGUGACAAUUCAGAAUAGUGAGAGCGCGCGCGAACGACUCUCACGGCAGGUGGAGGAACUGACAAACCAGUUGGAACAGCUGCAGCAGAAUAACAAUGCGCUUAUUGAGAAGAUUGUAGAGGAGCAUUCGUCGCGGAACAUGCUUGGCACAUGCAGCGUGGUGAGCGGCGGUGGCAGCACGUCUCAAGAAGACGAGCUGCAAGAGGCAGAGGACACGGGAAAGCGGCAAUUUCAGCAGUUGCAGCGGCGUCUGGAGAAACAGGUGGCGCAGUAUCAAGAAGAGUUGGGACUGCUGCACGCGCAACUGGAGAAGGAGCGACACGACAAGGCCGAGAAGAGACGUUCCAUGCAGCGUGAGAGGGAUGAGUUUACGCAGGAGCUAAAGCGCGUGCGGAAUGAGUGCAAGGCGUCCAUAAGUGAGAGCGCACAGAUUGUGAGGGACUAUGAAAUACGUAUAAAGGAAUUACAGGAGAUGAUCACAACCCUGCGCUCAGCACUGGAAGAGGAAUGCAACAACGCCGACAAGGCAAAAGACGAGAUGCUGCGGGCGGGAAUGGAGAAACGGGAAACAUUAGUGGAACUACGUCGCGUGAUUGCCUCGAGGGAUGCGCUUGAAAUGAGCCGAAAUGACGAUGAAAAGCGCUUUAAUGAGUUGCGUACUCAGGUGCGGGAGUUGCAGUUGGCGUACUACAAGCUGGAGCAACAACUGGCUGGGAUGACAACGCAUACCCCCGAUGUUUAUAUCACCAUUGACCGCGGCUUUGGCACCGAAGACGGGGAAAACAGUUGGAUGUUGAAGGCGCAGCGUGAGAAGGAGGUGCUGGAACGACAGAAGCGAAGCGUGCAGCGCAUCAAUAAUGAAUUGCUGGCGACGGUGCGACAGCGCAAUGAAUCCUUGCGGGCGGUACACCGACAAAUCACGAAGAUUCAGCGCGGCGGUGUGUCGCCAGAUAUGGCAGAAAUGGAAAUUGGUGAUGAUAAUAGCCCGCUUGGAGCGCAGCUGAAGUAUGAGUAG